AUGACGACCACCACGACGACCACGACGACGAUGGUGAUGACGAUGCUGAUCUACCACCUCCAGAUCGGCGGAAUCCCCGACGCAUCCGCACACACCACCACCACCAGCAACACCGGCACCACAACCUCGGCGCUCACCACGAGCCUGCUCACCAUGACCCUCACCCUGCUCACCUUGAGCUCGCCGUGCGGGUUUGCCGCCGCCGCCCGGACCACCGGGUCCACCACCGCCACCACCGGCGCCACCGCCGGCGCCGCCCGGGCGGCCGCCGGUGCCGCCAGGGCCACCGCCGCGGCCGCCGGUGCCGGGAGGGCCACCGGCGGUGCCACCAGGGCCACCGCCCCCGGUACCGCCGGUGCCGCCAGGGCUACCGCCGCAGCCGCUGGUGCCGGGAGGGCCACUGCCGGGGCCGGCAGUGCCGGGAGGGCCACCGCCGGUGCCGGGAGGGCCACCGCAGGUGCCACCAGUACCGCCAGGGCCACCGCCGGGGCCGGCGCAAAGAUGACGCCGGGCGCGGGCGGUGAAUCCGCCUCGUCCGCUUUGUCCGGCAAGAAGGUGGCGAGGAUCGAGGGGGAGCUCAUCCUGGGGGGGAUCUUCCCCGUCCACGAGAGGGGCCCCGGCGGCGGCUCCGGCGGCACCGGCGGCGGAGACUGCGGCCCCAUCAGCUUCGGCCGCGGCAUCCAGAGGAUGGAGGCGAUGAUGUUCGCCAUCGACGACAUCAACCGCAGCGCCCGCGUGCUGCCCGGCGUGCGCCUGGGGGCGCGCGUCCUCGACUCUUGCCUCACGGAUACGUACGCACUCGAGCAGGCGCUGGAGUUCGUGCGCUCGUCCCUACAGCGCGUGGAGGAGACGGAGUUCGUGUGCCCUGAUGGCUCCUACGCCGUGCAGCAGAAGCGGCCGCUGCCCAUCGCCGGCGUCAUCGGGGGCUCUGACAGCAGCGUCUCCAUACAGGUGGCGAACCUCCUGCGCCUAUUCCGCAUCCCGCAGGUGAGCUACGCGUCGACGAGCGCCACGCUGAGCGACCGCUCGCGCUACGACCUCUUCGCGCGCACCGUGCCGCCCGACUCGCACCAGGCGCGCGCCAUCGCCGACCUCCUGCUCCACUUCGGCUGGACCUACGUCUCCACCGUGGCGUCGGAGGGCGACUACGGCGAGGCGGCCCUCGCGGCCUUCGAGCGCGAGGCCCGCGCGCGCAACAUCUGCGUGGCCGCCUCCGCCACGGCGGGCCGCGGCGGCGCUGGCGGGGCCCCCGCGUCCUACGAGGCGGCGGUGCGCGGCCUGGCGCGCGGAGCCGGCGCGGCCCGCGUGGCCGUCCUCUUCGUGCGCGCCGAGGACGCCCGGGGCCUCCUGGCGGCCGCCCAGCGGCUCAACGUCUCCUUCCAGUGGGUGGCGAGCGACGGGUGGGGCGCCCUGGACGAGGUGGUGCGGGGCCGGGAGCGGGCGGCCGACGGCGCCAUCACCGUCGAGCUGUCGUCGUGGCCCGUCCAGGAGUUCGACCGCUACUUCCAGAGCCUCACGCCGGCCAACAACCGCAGGAACCCGUGGUUCCGCGAGUUCUGGGAGCGGCGGUUCCACUGCACGUUGCCUGACACGCGGGCCCAAGCCGCGAUGUGCGGCCGGAAGUCGCUGCUGAAGCAGACGAAGCACGAGCAGGAGCCCAAGGUGAUGUUCGUGAUCAACGCGGUGUACGCGAUGGCGCACGCGCUGCACAACAUGCAGAGGGUGCUGUGUCCCAACACCACCAGGCUGUGCAACGCCAUGAAGGCCAUCGACGGGGGCCGCCUCUUCAACGACUUCGUGCUCAACAUCAGCUUCGACACUCCGUACCGCUCCCCCGGCUCCGGCAAGGUGCGCCUGGACGCGCGCGGCGAGGGCGUGGUGCGCUACAACAUCUACGCGUUCCAGCGCGACCCGCCGCGGCGCCACCACCACCGCUACGUGCGCGUGGGCCACUGGGACGAGGAGGCCCUGCGCGUGAACGCCACCCUCGUGGCCUGGGCCCGCCACGGCGGCGCGCCGCCCGCGUCGCGCUGCAGCGAGCCAUGCGGCCCCGGCGAGGCCCGGAGCGCUCGGCCGCCCGGCGACGCCUGCUGCUGGUCGUGCGCGCCUUGCCGGCCCCACGAGUACCUCGCCGACGAGGCCACGUGCCGGGACUGCGGGCCGGGCCGCUGGCCCUCGGCCGACCUCUCUGGGUGCCGGGACCUCCCCGCCGAGCACCUGGCGUGGGGCGACGCGCCGGCCGCCGCGUCCGUCUGCUUCGCCGUGCUCGGCGUCGUCGGCACGGCGCUGGCGGGCGCGGCGCUGGCGCGGCACGGCCGCUCGCCGGCGGCGCGGGCGUCCGACCGCGCGCUGUGCGGCGUGCUGCUGCUCGGCGUGGCCGCGUGCUACGGCACGACGUUCGCGUUCGUGGCGCGCCCGUCGGCUGCCGCGUGCACCGCGCGCCGCCUGGGCCUCGGCACGUCGCUGGCGGCGUGCUACGCGCCGCUGCUCGCCAAGACGAUCCGAGCGGCGCGCGGCGUCGACAGCGGAGGAGGAGGGGUGGGGGCGCGCCGCCUCUGCUUCAUCAGUCCCGCGUCGCGGCUGCUCCUCUGCCUGGCGCUCGUCGCGGGCCAGCUGGCGUCGGCCUGCGUGUGGCUCGUGGUGGAGCGGCCCGGCGUGGUGCGCGACGCCUCGCCCGAGCGCAGGGAGCGCGUGGUGCUGCGCUGCAACGUGCGCGACUCCAGCAUGCUGGCGUCGCUCGCGUACGACGUGCUGCUCGUCGUGCUGUGCACGCUGUACGCCUACAGGGCGCGCAGGUGCCCCGAGAACUUCGGCGAGGCCAAGUACGUCGCCCUCACCAUGUACACCACGUGCGUCGUCUGGCUCGCCUUCCUGCCCAUCUUCUACGCCACCGCCAGCGACUACAGGGUGCAGACCGCCUCAAUGUGCAUGUUUGUGAGCCUCAGUGGCUCCGUGGUCCUCUGCUGCCUCUUCGCGCCCAAGCUUUACGUCCUGCUGCGGGAGGAGCAGCGGCUGCGACGGGAACAGCAACAACAGCAG